GAUAAAAGAACCCGGAUAAUAUGACGUCAUUCCCAUUUAUUCGCCAUUAUCCAUUAUAAUUUUUCAUCGACUUGUGGAGGAAGCUGGACAAUUAGACCUCCUUAACUCUUUCCAGUUCUUUUCUAAGAUAAAAUGUCUGCUCCUCCACAGAAUCCCCAGGCUGGUCCAGGAGGACCGCCUAUGUCUGCUGCCGGAGGCCCAGGGGGGCCACAGCCCGCCCAGCCCAGCAAGCGCUUACAGCAGACUCAGGCCCAAGUAGAUGAGGUUGUGGAUAUUAUGAGAGUCAAUGUUGACAAAGUACUGGAAAGGGACCAGAAAAUUUCAGAACUCGACGACAGAGCAGAUGCAUUACAAGCUGGGGCAUCACAAUUUGAAGCCAGUGCUGGCAAACUGAAGCGAAAAUAUUGGUGGAAGAAUUGCAAGAUGAUGAUUAUUUUGGGAGUUAUAAUUGCUGUCAUAGUAAUUAUUAUUAUUGCCUGGGUGGCCUCUACUUAUGGUUAAACAUGAGAAUAUGGGCAGUUACAAGCAACAGCAACAGCGACACCAGCAACAACAACAACAGUGGAUAGAUGGACUUCAUAUUUGGACACAUCAUUCAUAUUCCUGUGUAGUGCUUAGUUACAUACUGUAUGAACUAUCUCUUUCAAUAUUACAACAUUACACUUAUGCUCUUUCUAUUGUGUUAAAGUUUGUCUAUCCAGAUUCAAGGUUUAAAAAAAUGGACUAUGUCUUCAGAUUAAAAAAAAAAAUAGAGGAAAAAAGCUAGGACAGAAAACUACAAAAAAGUGUAGGAAAUUUUUCAGAAAAUAAUGUGCGUAAAGCAAUGUGAUCAACUGCUUUAUUAUAUAUUAGAUUUAUUGAAAUGGAAGUUUAUCAAUGUUCAUCAUGUGUUGCAUUGUCCUCAGUUUUUAUUUAACAGAUUUUUAAAUGCUUUCUGUUUCUGCAAACGAAAGGAUGUGAUUUAAUUAAUAUAUAUAUAUAAAGCUCCUGUGUUGUGGUUUGAAAUUAACUUUGUAUCACCUUUUGUGUCUGAGUUGACAGACAUGGGGUCUAGGCAUUUGAAUUUUUGUGUCAUGAAACAUUCCAGUUUUAUUGGGGGUCAUGUUAAAAGUUCAAAUUUUUUUAAUUGCAAAUCGUGUUAAUUGCUAAUUGUAAGUUACAUUGUAUUUUGUCGUGCCAUCAAUGUCAAACGUAAAUGAUUUACAAAAUAUCUGCAAGUUACACAAUUAAUUACACAAUCGUAUGUCAAAUUGCCCAUAUUGACUGGUAUCUCUCUGCUAGAAAGAUUAAUAAGAAAUGUAAUUUGCAAUGAAUAAUCUUCAAAACUGUAUAAUGUUAAUCCAGAAAAGUAGGGUUAGUAGUUUAGUUGACUGUAUACAUGACUUUGAGCUAGGUGAUUUCGUUAAGCUACAGUAUCGAAUUCCCUUAUAUGAUUGUAUAUGUUUGUUAUUUAUUAUUUAAACACUACUGUACAGGAACUGUUGAUUUGUUAUUGGGUGCACAUAGUCUCUUCUGUUACUAAUCAUUGUAUAUAUAAUUAUAUGUGUAUAUUGGACCCCCUGUUUACAAACGUGUAAAUAAUUUAUUCAGUUGGAUUAACUUUCAUAGCCAAACGUGCUGUUUUCACUCUGCCAAAUGGCAUGAAUUGAUGAUAAACUUUAUACACAUGCUUGAAAUCAAUCAUUAUUUUCCAUCCUGAUUAAUUUUCAAUGAUUAAAAUUGUAAAUUUUUAAAGAAAGGCAUUUGUUCAUAUCUAGAUGUUCUGUAAAAUGAUGUGUGUUUUAAGUGUGUAGGGUGUUGAUUUUUCUGUGGAUCUGUAGCUCUGACAGAGUAUGUAUAUAUCUAUAUAUAUAUACUGGUCCCAGUGUCAGGCUAUCACCUUGUGUAGUAGACAUUUGUCUUGUUGAUUCAGUCUUUGUCAAAACAAUAGAUUAAAUGCUUAAUGUAUAUAGGCAAACAUAA